UCUACAUCGUUGGCUAAAAAUAAUAAAAUAAAAGAGACAGCAGUUUGCAACUUUCGAGCCGAAAAUCACAUCCGCGCGGUCAACGAAGGCUCCGCCUGCUAGAGAGAGACCCUGCCUGCCACAUAGAGACCACCGAGCCAUGGACACCCGCAAGAUCGACGUCGCAUGGGAUGGCAACCCGGAGGCAAAGGAAAACAACAUGGCCGCGUACAACAGCACGGUCGUCGAGCCCAAGAUGGCCAUGGACCUCAACAGUGCAGCGAACACGUACUACAUGACCAAGCCGCACGACGACCACCCAUGGCGAGGAAAGUCCGCGUUUGGCUUUGCAACGAUCCUGAACCGCAACUCGUGCGACGACAUGGGCGCCAACGGCCCGCUCUCGGUCAACUUACCACCGUUGCAGUCGUACCACGCCGCUUCGUCACUCGUCGACAAGGCCAAGCUCGCGACCAGCUCUCGGCUCUCGGCGCACAAGGUACCGCACCGCCCGAUGCCGACGCCGAUCGCGCCGCUCGGCGAGGCCAUGAUCGACAUGUCGGGCCUGCAAAACCGGUCCUUGAAGCUCAAAAUCAAAAGAAGCACGUGGAUAUCUCGCCCGCCUAUACGGCGCAGCCCAAUGGCCCGAUGCUCGCGCCGACGCCCAGCAACGGCGCGCCGCGCAAGCUGCCGCUCGCUCCUGCGCCCUCCAUGGACGACGACGACGACGACUCUGGCGACGAUGACGGUGAGAACCCGACUGGCGCCACCCACAACGGCGCCGCGCUCCGUGGUGGCCGAUGGACGUCGGAAGAGCACGAGCGGUUCCUCCAGGGCUUCCGCUUGCAUGGCCACAAGUGGAAGCGCGUGCAAAUGGUCGUGCGAAGUCGCACAGUAACCCAAGUCCGGACGCACGCCCAAAAGUACCUCUUGAAGCUGCAAAAAAUGACGGGCGGCCCCGAGCAGCAGCGGUCCAGUACGGCAACCACGGGGGCCGAUGCCGACGGCCGGUUCCUCGCGCCGUCCCAAUUCGGCAGCGGCGCCACAUCGCCGACGCAGAGCAUGACGAGCGGCAACGACGACGACGCGGCGCACGACAAGGUCGCAACGACUGGCAACGAGCUCGGGCAGCCACUGUCGCCGCGGAGCGCCGUCACGCUGCAGACAGUGCAGCCGCGCAAGCUCAAGACGAUGAAGAAGCAGCAGCAGCAGCAAAAGAGAACGACGAAGCGUUCGGACCUCGACGGCUCGUCGCUCGUGCACAUUGAAGAGGCCGCGUACACGCUGUGUGCGCUCAUGAAGGAGCACAUUGACGACCUCGAGGCGAUUGUGACCGACCACGAAGACGACGGAAUGGAAGUGGACGACGACGACGGCACCGAGUCGACGGAAGACGAGUCGAUGGAUUCGUCGUCGUCGCCCGUCUCGUCGGCCGACAUGAAGAAGCGGUACCUCUGCCGCAAGUGCCGCGUGCCCAAGAAGGGCCACGUGUGCCCAUCGUCGUCAAGCGAAGACUCGGCGGCCAAGUCGCUCUCGCUCAAGAAGAUGUCACUGCACGAGUCCGACCUCGACUGCUACGAGCCGUUGGAAGCCGAGUGGACCGACCUCGACAAGUACGUGGGCUACCGCGUCGCCCGCUGCUUUGGCCCGAACCUCUGGUGCCGGGGUACUAUCGACCAGGUCGUUGCGACGGGGUCGGACCAAGAUAAGAUUCACAUUGUGUACUCGGAAGCCUCGGGGCGCCACGAGUGGCUCCUCAAGUCGGACGCGAUCGAGUGCAUUGCGAUCGAAGGGCUCAACACGGACGACGACGAAGCGUACGGUGUCUUUGCCGGCAGCUCGCUCAAGAAACGCAAGCACUGGAGCUCGCUCGCCUCGAGUCUGCGCGAGUCGCCCGAGAAGGACGACGACUUUGAGGAUGACGACGACGACGCGAAAGCGGCCCACCCGGCCAAGCGCCUCUGCUCGCCGUGAGCGUCGUAUAUAUAAAUAUAUAGGGAUAGGACUAGAUAGUGGAUGUGUCUUUUGGAACAUGAUAGAUUUUGAUCA